ACCAGUUUACAGUUGUAUCAGUGCGCAUGCGCAGACAGUUGACGAGGAGGCGCGGCGUUUGAUAAAGAAAGUUGUGAGUAGCCAUGUCAGAUGCCAUGGAUUUGAGUAGGGGACAAAAUAACAGUGAUGAUGAUGGUGGCAUCGUGCUUCACCAGUGGAGGAGUUGGACCCCUGAGGACGUGGGAAGGUACUUCAAAGUGAAAGGUCUCUCAGAGGAGGGUGAUAUCCUGACACGUGAAAACAUCAGUGGAGAUCACUUGCCACAGAUGACUGAGGAGAGACUGGAAAAGAUUGGAGUUCAAACAAUGGGGAAGAGGUUUUCUGUUGUAGAAAUCAUCAACGCACUUACAAGAACCUCCCAUCAAAGCCUGAAAACCAAGGUUUUCAAUGACUCGGUUCACGGCCAUAUUGACUUUGAUCCACUGCUAAUCAAGAUCAUAGACACGCCGCAGUUUCAAAGAUUACGCUUCAUAAAGCAACUUGGCUGCAGCUAUUUUGUCUUUCCAGGAGCUGCACACAAUCGAUUUGAACACUCGCUAGGAGUGUGCUACCUUGCUAGAGAGCUUGUCCUCUCCCUUCAACGAAAGCAACCAGAGCUUGAGAUCACGGACAAAGAUAUCCUCUGUGUGCAGAUUGCUGGUCUUUGUCAUGAUCUAGGUCAUGGUCCAUUCUCACACAUGUUUGAUCUAUUCUUCAUUCCUAAGGUCAGACCUGACUUUAAACACAAGCAUGAGCACCUGUCUGUGCUGAUGUUCGAUCAUCUGAUCAAGGAGAAUCAUCUAGAGGCCAAGCUGAAAGAGAGCGGUUUAAAGGAACAGGAUCUUCUAUUCAUCAGAGAACAGAUUGAAGGGUUACCUAAAGACUCUAGUCAGAAUCAGAAUGGUAGAGAGUGGCUGUACAAAGGACGAGGUCGGGAGAAGAGCUUCCUCUAUGAGAUUGUGGCUAACAAAAGGAACGGCAUCGAUGUGGAUAAAUGGGAUUACUUUGCCCGCGACUGUUACAACCUGGGAAUAGCUAACAGUUUUGAUCACAAGAGGUACAUGAAAUUUGCCAGAGUGAUCCAGGUAGAGGGAGAGAAACAGAUAUGCAGCCGAGACAAGGAGAUAGGCAAUCUGUAUGACAUGUUCCACACAAGAAAUACCCUCCAUCGGAGAGCUUACCAGCACAAAGUAAACAAAAUCAUUGAAACAAUGAUGGUAGAGGCUCUGAUCAAAGCUGAUCCACAUCUCAGGAUCUUUCCAAGAGCCAAUGGGACAAAGCUGACCAUGUCUGAGUCAUUGGAUGACAUGCAUGCCUACACACACCUGACAGACAGUGUGCUAGAACAUAUCCUCUUCUCACAGAAGGGGAGUCUCAAGGAAUCCAAAGACAUCAUUCAGAAGAUCCUCACCAGACAGCUCUACAAGUGUGUAGGACAGUCACAACCACCAGCAGACACAAAACUAGAGAAACCACUGGAAAUCAGCAAAGCGAUCUGUCUAGCUGUGUCAGAGGAGGAGCUGAAAGGACCCCAGCUUGAUCCAGAUGACCUGGUUGUACAUGUGGUGAAGAUGGACUAUGGAAUGGGGAACCAGAACCCUGUCGACUACGUCAGGUUCUACUCCAAGGAAGACCUGAACAGGGCCAUCAAGAUUAGGAAAGGACAGGUGUCCCAGAUGCUUCCAGAGAAUUUUGUAGAGCACUACAUCCGUCUCUACUGCAAGCAUCGUGAUGCGGAGAAUGUUGCCAAGGCCGAGAGAUGUUUCGCUGAAUGGUGUGACAAACAGAAGUUCAGUAAACCAAAGGGCAACUUCCUUGACUCAGCAAUGACGCCACUUGAUUCCCAAAAGCGAUCUGGGGAGGGCGAAACCCGCAGCCCGUCCGAAGCCAAAAAAGUCAGGAAGAGCCUUGAUGAUACUUACAAAAAGAUGCACAUGUAGACCUUGGAUACCCUUCCCACAGUGAUGUGAGUGAUGAAGAUACACAGCAUCCAAGCGUAAAAGAAGCAUGUAUAUUUAUUUGAGAAUAGAUGCGUCGACGGACGGAGCUUCAAGAAUGCAUGCAAUUUACUUUUCAACUGAAGACAACGGACAGACUUUGACAUGAUGCGGAGAUAUUGCCCGAACUCUAUGACUGUUUUUGUUUAUUUGUUUCUUUUUUCAACUCUCGGGUUAUAAUUUAUACAAGUUUGCAGAAUUAUUGUAUAGAUGAUGAACCCUCAUGAUCAUGUCUUUAAUAUAUUAUCAUUAAAUGUGAGAGGUACACACUG